AUGAGGCAUGACUUAUGGUGUGUAUUCGUAUUUUUGUUGUUGUUGUUUUUGUUUGUCGCACCUUCUAAACUUUCGCCACGUUUAUCAAAGUUUAUUGGCAAGAAAAUAUCGCAAACAAACAGAAAAUCUGGAAUAAAUGAAUCGAGUGAAACUACAUCUAAAUAUCGAAGAGCAGUAACCAGACAGUAUGGUACAUCGAGUGAAACACCGCCAAAUCAGUUUAAAUUAAAAGAAUGGUAUAAAGGCUUUUCUAAAUGUCAAAGAUCAGUUGUUUCAUUUCAGCAAUGGACAGAAGAAGUAAUGAAAAAUAAAACAGAUGGUCAACUCUUGAAAAUUCAAAAAUUAAAAGAUGCGUUACUCGGACAGAACGUCAGUUUAGACAAACCAAAUCAAAAGGGAAAUAAAGUUUUAGUUGCUGCGGAGAGGAAAAUUAAAGACAACCAAUUAAAUAAUGAUGAUAAGAAAACUAGUGUAGAGACAAAUUCUGAUGACGUGUUAAAAAAUGAAAACAUAAAACUGAUACAAGGAGCACACCCGAUAAAUGAGAGUCCGGAGAAUUUGGAUGAAGAGGAUGGCAUCGAAUUUGAUAUCAAUAAUACUAAUGAUAAGUUUAUUAAAAAAAGUAGAAUCAUUAGAACAGUGAAAAGAUCUGUGUCAAGCAAGAGAGAUCAACGUUUCAAAGAAAAUCAGCUGAUCAAAAGGAACAAUAAGAAUGUUAGACGUAAUGAAAGAAUAAUGAAUUUAGUGAGCAAUUUUUUAAAGGGCGAUGAUAUCAAGAAAUCUGUUCAUACUAGAAAGAGUGGUGACUUGACGAAGAAAGGUUCAUUCAGUGCAUCGAGAGAGAAAAUGCUUGGGAAAAAAAUAUUUGAAAAACAUGAAAAGUUAUGGAAGAAAGAUGAAACCAUAAAUAAAAAGAAGAAAGCUUUGACAGAAGAAGAUAACAUCUCUAUAAAUGGAAAACCGUUGAACGACACAAACGAUAAAGAUGUUUCCAUAAAUAUAGUGUUACCAAAUACGCAACAACAACAGCAGCAGAGCACGACCAAUAAUCCACCAAAACAACAUGAGAAACAUCCUAUAAAAUUGAAACAAGUAGAAAACCCUCUUCAACUUAUUCCUGCACCUCUUCCUAGUGCUCCAAGCCUGGGAGCUUUAUCCAUGCCUGUUUCUUGCCCAGAAUGCAACGUAAAUAGCAUAGUUAGUGAACUAACACGGGCCUUAGAUCGUCAACAGAUGUCUAAUGAGAUGCAGCAGGUAUCAAAUACCAUAGCUCAAACAAUGUUGAACACAUUAAUUCUCACAGGACAUCAUGGCAACCUUCAUGGACAAAAUGGUGGAAGUGGUUGCUGUGGUUGCUGUGGUAACGAUUGUUGUUGCAAUGGCAGGCAAGGUUGUGGUAGUAACUGCGCAACUAACUGCGACUGUUGUUCUAAAGAGAGCCAAAACAACGAAGACUUAAAGAAGCUAUUUAAAGAGACUCUGGAAGAAAUCAAGAAAGAAAAAGAGAAGGGAAAGGAUGAUCAGUCAAUAUUAAAAGAUAUACUAAAAGAAUUAAAAGAUAAGCCAACUCCAUCGCCAGAAGUUUUACUUAUAAGUACACCUGAGCCUUAUUAAAGUGAAUUUGUUGACGAGAAGAAUUGUUAAAUUCUGUCGUCUUGUGUUGUACGAACGAUGCAAUCUAACCAGCCAAUGUUAUCACUAUCUGAAAUUUGCACUAAUACCU